ACAUGAAAGACAUGAUUGUACUCAACACUAAUUCCGAGUACACUCUCCAGAAUAUUCGCAACACUAUUAAUUUUCAGGGUAUAGAUAUGAGAAGAUUGAGUCUAUUUGGUGGGAGCAGUUCCGGACGAUCGGAUGCUUUUUGCUUAAAUGGUAACGAAGUUUGCACUCAAAGCGCGUUUGGGAUCGGAGUCUAUAAGGGAAAUGUAGUCGCAAUCAAACGGAUAUUUAAAAAGUCAAUCGACUUGACACGAAAUGUCCGAAAAGAGCUGAUCCAGGUAAGAGAGAUGAGACACGAGAAUAUAAACUCGUUUAUUGGCGCCAGUAUUGAGUCGACAAAUAUAUCGCUUAUAUUCUUAUACUGCGCCCGAGGAAGUCUUGAGGACGUGUUAAGGAAUGAAGACUUGGAUUUGGAUAAUAUGUUUAUCGCCUCAUUAGCAAUGAUUUAUUUACACGAUUCGGAUAUUAUAUCACACGGGAAACUGAAAUCAUCCAAUUGUUUGGUGGACAGUCGUUGGGUCCUUCAGAUUACGGACUAUGGUUUACACGAGUUUAGAUCAAAUCAAGACUUCACGCAUUUUGAUGAACAUAAACGACAAAGAGUCAUCGGCUCAUUUAGUCAUCGGGUGCAGCCUCUGCCAUACAUUACGUACAAUCUAUUAUGGAGAGCACCAGAAUUGUUGCGAACCAUUAAUCCUCCGAUGAGAGGCACACAGAAAGGAGAUGUCUAUUCAUUCUUAACCUCGAAA